AGUUGCUUUAAAAAAGGUUGAAAACGACAAAUUUCGUUGAUGAUAAAUACCAUAAGACACAACAUGCAACUUCAUUAAUUAAUACUCGCCAAAUAUGGAGUCUCCAAGCACCGAUAACAAGCCAAACUGCAAGUGCUCAGAAGGAUGGAAAUGCACCGUCACCAAAACUGAGCCAUCCCAGACUGGCAAACCAUUCGCAAAAUGUGGCGGCAGCGGUUGCACCUGUGUCACGUAUAUAUGUUCUCUUUCUUAUGUGAGACAGCUUUGGUGCAACAGCCAUUGGAGAUCUCUGCAGCAGCCAAAGCAUUCUGUGAGUGUGGUGAAGGUUGGUCUUGUGUUGUAUCCAAAACCGAGGGCCCCGAUGCUGGCACGAAAUACUUUGAGUGCGGUGAAGGUUGCAUCUGUGUCGUAGAUGAAUCAAACAAUGUGAAGGUUGUAUGCGCCUGAGUUGCAUCAUGUCCUUGAAAUCUCACAGAGAACAUACCACCUUGUUCGGUGGUUUCUGCUAUUAAGUUACUUUAAGAUAUUGUGUUUUGCCUAAAAUAAGCAUGUGAGAUUUGUAAUAAGCUACUAUUUGUGUGUUGCAUAAUAAAUGAAGUUUGUGUUUUGUUAAUAA